AUGUUGAUAAAAAAGAACGAGGAAGAACAACCUAAUUCAUCAAACAAUCAGGAGGAGGAGACACUUAAUAAGGAGGAGGAGGAGGAGGAGGAGGAGGAGACACUUAAUAAGGAGGAGGAGGAGGAGGAGGAGGAGGAGGAGACACUUAAUUAUCACGAGGAGGAGGAGGAGGAGGAGACACUUAAUUAUCACGAGGAGGAGGAGGAGGAGGAGACACUUAAUUAUCAGGAGGAGGAGGAGGAGGAGGAGACACUUAAUUAUCACGAGGAGGAGGAGACACUUAAUAAUAAGGAGGAGGAGACACUUAAUAAUCAGGAGGAGGAGACACUUAAUAAUCAGGAGGAGGAGGAGGAGACACUUAAUAAUCAGGAGGAGGAGGAGACACUUAAUAAUAAGGAGGAGGAGACACUUAAUCAGGAGGAGAAACUUAAUAAGGAGGAGACAGUUAAUAAAAGGUGA